AUGAUUCUGCGAAGACUACGACAAGAUGGUGAUUAUUUACCGUCCCCUUGUUGUUGUCUGUCUUUCGCUAACCCAUUCUUUUCGCAGGCCGCUUUCACGGCCAUCAAUGUCGAGCCAGAGGAGAACGUUAGCGAGGAGAUAGAUACGACCAAGGACCUCCAAGUCGACGAUGCCCUGAAGCUCUUCCAGAACGCCCUCAAACUCCAUGCGCAGGGACCCCAGUAUUUCGACAAGGCCGCCGAUGCCUACGAUGCGCUCUUCGACUCCGAAAUCUUCAAAUAUCCAGAAAGCAAGACCGAUUACGAACGCUUCGAGGCAGGCCAAGAUGUGGCUCUUGCCACCGAGUCCGCCUUCGCCCAGGGCCUUCCGCCGCUCGGCGCAGAUAUCGACGGGAUAGGGAGCAGUCUUCCCCAAGCGCUCUAUCUAUCCUACAAGAACCACGGUCAGUUCGUCAUUGAUCGCAUCAAGUACAGAACCCGCAAGUCUGGCUCGAGGAAAGAAACCCUGCUCGAUGAUCCUGUUGUGGAGGCCGAGGCGCACAGAGCCUUGGACGACUUUUGUGCGGCCCUGGACCGCGAUCCCUCGGACGCUGAGCUCUGGAGAAAAGCCGCUCGUGUUGCCGCAUUUUUAAGGAGCGCGCGCAUUAGCCGCUACAGCUUGGAAGCCGCCAUCGAACUGGACGAUGACCCCGCUGUCGAAGAAGUCGAGCCGCCGUCUCUGGCCGAGGGUUUUGCUGGGGAGCAGCUCAAAAACCAGCUUCAGGUUCUCGGCGACGAUAUGGCAUUGAGCCAUCCAAUCAUGAAGCCCUUCCUAGAUCGAGAAUUGCCCCCGUAUCUUGCUCGCUUCACCGACCCGAUGCCAUUUCUUCCCGACCCUACUAUCACACUGGCUGUUCAACAACCACGUGGGAAAGAAAGCGAAGCUCCUCGCGUUACAAUCUCACUCUCUAGUCUGUCCUGGUCUGAACUUGGCACUGCUAUCGUGCGGUUUGUUGCAGAGGAGGGACAUUCAGGUCAGGCCAUCGCAAUCCAACUUCCCGAUACGGGUAAUGAGGAGGACGUCCAGAUGGAAGUUGACAUGCCCGAACAACCCCGUGAGUCGUCACCGCAUUCAAUUUCACCACAAGAAGCCGUGAAGCAGGAAGAGGCAGCGGCAGAGCAACCUGGAGGGGAACAGAUUGCGAAAGAGCCAACGUCUGCAGCACUUGAAUCAUCUGCCCCGGUCGACGAGCAGCCAGCGAAGGACCGGAGCGCUCCCUCGUCAAGUAGAAAGCGCUCACAAUCGGCAGCGGGUAUUCCUGACGCCAACGAAGAAGAAACUGCGGAUGUGAAGAGGAGCAAGCGGACCAGACGACGAGACACUGCUGCAGAAGAAGCCAUGGAUUCUGCUACAUUUCUCGCAAACCAACUCCAGCCAUUGCAAGCGGCCGACCAAAACCUCUUUCAGACCACCAAAAACCUCUUGGAAAACCUUGGUGUGACGGACCAAGUGACACUUGGGCGAAUCGCCGAGGUGCUCGACUCAUGUGCCGCGGAUGACCGAAUUGGCAAGAUUCAAAAACAAGCCACCGUCGAUCUCCGUGACUCAAUCACACAUUUCGACGAGGAUACGGGGGCGGUCCUUCUCAGCAAGAGAGAACUUCCUCAGUCAAGCCUUUCCGUCUUUCUCGAGCAUGCAAGGUCGGGCUCGCAACGGGCCCAGGAGGCGCCCGCGUUUGAUGAUUCCAGAGGCCUAAAAUUUUUUGUCGAGCGCGCCAAUAGCGGCUGGAAUACCGUUCACGACAUCUCAUAUGAAUACGUUAACGCUUUGGCCAAGCUCUACACUGGAUACAAAUGGUCGGAUCAGCUGAAGACGGCAGUGGCGGAUGUCAUUAGCCAACUGGAAGGCAGCAUCUAUGACAGGUUUAUCCAUGACCUUAACCUAUGUCAGAAAGAUGGGGACGGAGAGGAACUCAGUGACCUCUCAACGCUCGCUCAGAUGCUGUUCGAGCUCUACCUCGACAUCUACGACCACACGAUGGACCCUAACAGCACAGCGGAGUCGGCGAGCCCGGAUGCGCAGGGGCGAGUGGCGAGAUGGAUGGACAUAUCCACUGAAAUGGUACGGCGACGAAACCCGGAACCGGAUGAUGCUGUCGCGCUUCGCCUCCUCUGGGCCGCGGUGUCCUCGACCACACUUGCCAAGGACACACCGAGGGACCAUGUCCUUAACUGCUGGCAUAGUCUUCGUGACUUCCUUGCCCGUUCUGGCGCGACAGAGAUUGGCCUUCCCAACAGCUCCGUCAUGCCUGAGAUAUCUGUUGCUGCCGCCGAACGCGAGAUCUCCAAGUUGACCACAAUGGACUUCUUUCUGGGCCUUUUCCAGGAUGGUGAGGGGAGCCCAGUCUCCGUAAUCGAGAGCUUGGAGCCCGUUCUCAACCCAGAGAGCGUCUACAUCAGUGUGCCUUCGAUUUCUGAUCGGAAAGGCGCAAAUAACGAGGCUUCUAGUGCCAAGCAGCCCAGGCAACCCAUCACACAGUGCGCCAGCCAGGAGCUCAUGGAUUUGUGGAAGUUCCUUAAGAGCAGCAAUACAGAGCUGCGCCUCCUCCUCUGGUCGAGGCUCGGAGAGGCCUACGGAAAGAUCCGGUAUACGACCAAGCAGUUUUCGUGUUUUCUCCGGAGUAUCGAAACCAUCAUAUCCGACUUGGAGGGCGAUGACUACAUCCACUCUCCGGAUGAACCAAGAAAAACCCAGUUCAUGGCCCUUCUGAAAGCUCUAGACGACCUCAUCAUCCAGUCGCUCCACCUAGCCCUGAACGACAAUAGCUCGUUCGAUAUUAUCGACGACGAUCACCUAAGGUCGAGCAUGUCUGCUCUCGCCAAGAUCAGCUGUAUGCUGCACGUUGCCGCCAUGUACGAGGACGAGAUACGCCUCGGCAUGAGGCCUGCGCCAUCGAGCAGUUCAACUUUGAGGUCAUUCCUGAACAAGCUCCAAGAGAUGCAGGUGCGAACCUGGUCGCUCCAAUACACCAUGCUAAAGGUCGGACUGAACCAGCACGCCGAGCUGUUCCCUAGACCGGAAAACGACCUUGCUGAUUACUUGGCUGCGGUACACCAAGUUUUGGGUCUCCGCAAGUGCUGCAAAUCCUCCAACAAGAUCUUCCUCAAAAUGAUGCGCGUGGAGCUUCUCAAGCAGAAGAAUAUCGACAACUGGGAAGACUACCUAGGGCAGGUGCUCUACGAUCUCCACGGUCUCAAGCUUGGGGUGGGAAUAUGGGAGGUUCAGGACCACGGAUGCGAGCCCGAGAACCUGGAGAAGCGGCAGGCGCUUCAGCUGGUCGAGAGGGUCACCAUGCUGGCAAACAGAAUGUCGAUGAAAGACCUUCUUAAAUCGGAUCUUAAGACGACGAUUGAGCGGAUGCAACAGGCGAUAGGCUCCGCCAAAUCGAGCCCCCAGAUGGCCCACAACCUUCGCAACUACUCCGAGUAUCUCAAAUCACCGAUUCACCCGUUGCAUCUCUACCAAGCCCUGACGGGCAGCGUCGAUCUGGACGCAGUGACCAUCAACACGCCCGAGAGCGCCCCGGCGAAGCAAGGAUGGUUCUUCUUGCUUGGCAUGAUUGCCCUCACCAAGUUCAAGGGCGUCGACCUGAACCGUCGACAGACGCCCGGGGCCACUGAUGAUCUACGGAUCGGUGCCACGUUCCUGCGUUUACAGCUCCAGUACACGCCGGACCGUUGGGACGCCUGGUUUCGCCUGGCCGAGUGCUUCGACUACGAACUCGAUGAGUCGGUUCUCUGGACGGCCGAUAAGAUGAACAAGGAACGGGCCGAGCUUGUCAAGUUCCAGAGAAACGCUAUCCACAGUUACAUCAUGGCUCUCUCUCACUCGUACGCGUGGGCGUCGGAUCCCGCUAUCCUCACCUCUCUGGAGGACGAUGAGGAGGCGCUGUACGACAUGUACCACGAGUUUGGGAUGCGCAUGUACUCGUCGAGCCGCGAGCCAUUUGCCAUGGAGCCUUUCCAGCAUGCUGACCAGAAGAGGUUUUUCAUAGAGGCUGAAGGUGCCGGGACGUACAAGAAGAUCCUGCACAAUGAAAUGACGGACUACCAAGUCUGGAAGUUUGCUGCCCAUCUCUUCCGAAAGGCAAUGGCUGGCAAACCCAAAGACUGGAAGAACCCGUACAUGAUUGCCAAAUGCCUCUGGAAGAUGUAUCAGAAGCCGGUCGAAGAGUUGGACGAGAAAAACCGCCUUCACCGUCCGACUGUCAAGACGAUCGUCAAUGCGCUUGAGAAGACCGUCGAGGUCACCUCGUCACUGCCGAAGCCUCGACAUGGUCAGGAUCCGAUUCUGGAGCCGCACUACAAGAUUGUUUCGGUCAUCCACAAGCUCGUGACGCGGGGCGACCUUGAGAUUCAAGAAGCCGCCCGCAUCCUCCAGCGCCAACCAUAUGCGCCAGACCGCGGUAAGGAGGUGCCCAUCGAGAAUGCCGAGGAUUGGGAAGCCUACGUGAUCCGAUGCCUGCGGUACCUUAGGGACAAGGACAAGUCCAACUGGCAGCACCGCAUCGUCAUGAGGCACGCCCGCCUCCUGUUUGAUGAGAACUCCGACCCCGGCGGCAGUGGAAGCUACCUUGCCGCCAAGGCCGCCUUCUACGUGCUGCGGGAGAACAUGUUCACCAAAACCAUGGUGAUGAAUGUUUGGAAGUGCGACGCCGAGCGGCCGGGCCGUCAUCAUGUAUACACGGAGCGCUAUAUCCGAUACAUGGUCCGGCUACUGGACGUUAUGAACGACCGCGUCAGCCUCGAGGCCGUGCUACGCCGCAUCCGCAAGAAGGGUGCCGACUUUUACCACUUCAACGAGCUCUGGCAGUACUGCGUCCUCACCUACAUUAAGCUCCUCCGCCAAACGUUUGAAAUAACGCCCGCGGAGGAGGACGCUUUCAAGACACUCAGUCAGGAAGAGUUUGACGUCGUCGGCGAGAAGAUUACCGAGUGGUCUACCACGCCUGCAGCUGAAAACCACCGCGCGCUCACGGCCAUGAAAGAGGCCGUCGAGCUCAAGAAGCUCAACGCAAACCUCAUGAAAGCCAGCCCUAUUGAUGACCUCAUCACAGACUGCUAUUCAAUCAUCUACCAACACUUCAAGUCCGAUCUCCCCGACCCCAAUCAGCAAGAAUCCCAACCGGCAGAAGGUACCGAGCCCAAGGCAGAGACGGAUCUCAAACCCAGCAACCUCCUCCACGCGCUUGUUACCCGCGACAAGGACAACAAGGACAAGUCACCUUCUGUCCUGGGCUCUCUCCGCGCAGGCUCGGAACAGCCCGACAGGGAACGAUCAGAAAGACCCUCACUCGCGGGCGACCAACCGCCCCGCGCCGCGGCGUCAGGGCGCGUGGGAGGCGGCAUACGCCGACCCAAUAUUUUGCGCAAGGCUGAGCAGGCCGUGCAAGCCGUGCUUCGGGCAGCAGAGGCGCCGCCCAAAUCGGCGGGAGGAACGGCGGCGGCGGGAGGAGCCAGCGGUGCAGGAACUGGCGCGGAGGAGAGUGGAGAAGAGGGCGAGGGGGAGGGAGAAGACGGGGACCAAGACGCGGAGAUGAAGGGCGCAGCUGAUGGCGGGGAAGGGGCCAAAACAGCUGGGAGGGGGACGGUGGCAGGGGAGCAAGAGAGUGACGUCUCUUCUCCGCCCGGUAGUGUGCAUGACUCGGCGGACGACGAGAGCGAGCUGAGUGAUGUGCCAGCUGACGACGAGGAUGAUACACCACCGCUGCUGUUUCCAAAUCUCAGGCGGAGCGCGGACAACACGGGAACCGGGAAGGAGGCGGACGAAGAGAGCACCGAGGACGGUGCUGACGAGGAAGGUGGGGAAGAGGACGAACCGGAGGACGAACACGGGGCAGAGAGUGGUGAGGAGGAUCAGGAAGAAGCUACGCAUGAAGGAGACAAUGAGACAGAGGAGGAACUUGAACCGGAAGGAGAGGGAGAUGAAGAAGGGGCUGAACCUACCCCGGCAGUACCGGAGGUCAAGGACGUUGAUGCUCCGGCGGAGGAGGAGGAGGAGGAGGAGGAGAGAGGAGCAUGAUUGUGGUACCGAACAAAGCGUGCCAUUCGAUAGCAUCCCUAGGAGCGUUGUCUUGGAGCACCGUGGGCGGGUCUUGGUUUGGUGGAGUUGCAGGCACAAAAAGGAAGUUUGGGACACGGGAAGUCAAACGGCGUUCCGAGUUUGCGUUUUAGUUCUGUACUCCAAAGUUGGCAGUUGGCAGGGGGGUUGCCGAACCACGGUAGAUGCAGAUCCGACAAAGUGGAAACGGGAACAUGUCAUAUCGCCUC